AUGAUUGUGGAGCCUCAACCUGAUGUGCGGUAUUACAGUGGAAGACUAUGCACUAUUCCCCUGGCUGCCGACACCGGAACCUCAAUGGAAGUAAAGGCCUCUCCGCAUGCAAGCUUAGCCUUGGUGUGCAAAUCGGAGAACGGACAAAAUAUGUACACAGGCGCAAGCCAUAUUUCACUCCCACCGAUUUUGAAAACCAUCUCCAUUGACAUGCUGCACGUGAAGUUCACUAAGCAGAUGUGGGUGGUUUAUUACGACCCAACGACUUCGCGUCAGGUGGACGUUUGCGCCACCGUGGCGACGGAGGCUCACAUUUGGUUUCGGGAUGAGGACGUGCAGGCAUCAGAUACCCAGAUGGCCACAACUCGCAAUGGUGUCAGCAAUCCAUCUUCACAGGCUGCCACCUGA